AAUUCAAUACGACACAAUUUAUCCUUGCACAAUCGUUUUAUGCGAGUACAGAAUGAAGGCACUGGAAAAUCGUCCUGGUGGAUGUUGAAUCCUGAUGCAAAGCCAGGCAAGUCUGUAAGACGUCGUGCGGCAUCAAUGGAAACAUCGCGUUAUGAGAAGCGUCGGGGACGUGCCAAGAAACGUGUUGAGGCUUUGAGGCAGGCCGGUGUUACAGGCUUAAAUGAUGCUACACCAUCGCCAAGCAGUAGUGUUAGCGAAGGCUUAGAUCAUUUUCCGGAAAGUCCUCUACACAGUGGUGGUUUUCAAUUAUCACCGGAUUUCCGUCAACGCGCGUCAUCAAAUGCAAGUUCCUGUGGACGACUUAGUCCAAUACCUGCACUACUGGGCUAUGAGCCCGACUGGGGUUAUCCCGCUGAUUAUCAAAAUUCAACUAUGUCGCCAGCACAAGCCAGCACAUUGGAUCAAUUGGCCGGUUCCAUGGCGGAGGAGUUGACUUUGCAAAAGGAUUUGAUGCCAGGGUUUAGCACUGCCUCAGGCAUACCCACACAACCACCACCACCAUACCAAGCUCCACAGGUUUAUGGUUUGAAUGGACCCGUACAACAAGGAUAUGGUUUACAGGCACAACAAUGUUUACUGCAUCGCUCACUUACAUGCUCUUGCAUGCAUAAUUCACGAGAGGGCCUUUCACCAAAUUCUGUUACAACAACUAUGUCACCCGCGUAUCCUAAUAGUGAACCUUCAUCGGAUUCUUUAAAUACAUAUAGUAAUGUUGUGUUAGAUGUUGCUACCGGUGUAACGACUGAUAAUGGCACCAUUUUAAUGGUACAACAACAACGGCAGCAACAACCAACACAAACGCAAACAAUACACAUAAAAUUAGAAAAUGACGAUUGUGCAUCAACAUUAAUAGGACAAUGCAUGGAAGCACUGAAUAAUCAACCACAAAUUGAUGAUUUUAAUAUUGAUAAUUUUCAUGGGGGUCUGGAGUGCAAUAUUGAAGAACUAAUAAAACAAGAAAUGAGCAUUGAUGGUCAUCUUGAUAUAAAUAUUCCAUUAACUGCAGAUGGUAAUGGCAGCAGUAAUAACUGCGAUAGUGAUGUUCUUUCAAUACAACAGCAGCAACAACUCAAUCAAUUACAAGCGCAACUACAACAGCAGCAGCAACAACAAAUGCAGCAACAGAAUCAACAAGUACAAUUACAACCAAUGCUCAACAAUAAUAAUGCAACAUUGGCAUCAGCGCUGGAUCUGCCAACUCAAACCCAAACAACAAAUCUUAAUACACGAGUGCAAUAUUCGCAACCCAGUGUAGUAACUCCACCCUCCUGGGUCCAUUGAAAUCGUACAUAGCAAAUAGCAAAAGAGUUCAAGUAAAUUAUGUAGCAGAUAGUUAAGUGUUUCAAAUGAACUACAGGACUAAAGGCAAAAUUAUGUAUAUAUUGUAUGAAUGAAAUAUUUUGCAGCAGAGUUAUUUAUUUUAUGAAAAUAACAGCAACAGC